AGCCGGGCUUGCAGUUCCGGGGCUCGGGUUCCUGUGGGCGGCGCCGGCGGCGGCGGAAGAGCUGGCGGUCCGGGAGGAGCUUGGAGAGCAGGGGCGCAGCGCCAUGGCGCAGGGCAAGCGGAAAUUCCAGGCGCAGAAGCCGGCCUUGGCCAGGAAAAAGGCCGCCGCCGCCGCCACUCGGGGGCCUCGGAAGGGAGGCCGAAUCAUCGCUCCCAAAAAAGCUCGAGUGAUCCAGCAGCAGAAACUGAAGAAGAACCUGGAGGUCGGCAUCCGUAAGAAAAUCGAGCAUGAGGUGGUGAUGAAAGCCAACGCCAACCAGCCCAAGAAACUGACCCUGCUAAAGACGCCCAAAGCAGAGGCCAAAAAGGAGCCUGGCCCCUCCGCCCAGUCCUAGCCGAGUUGGUGGCAGAAUGUAGUGCUCCCCGCCCCAACUCCCAGUUGACAGGAUCCAUGGCAUCCCUUUUGUGCAGUUGCAGGGGAGGGUGGAUUUUCAGACUGUCCCAGAAGCCACCUGGGCUGUUGGGUCCGUUGUUCUUCAUCCCUGGUUAGGAGAAGUGCUUUCAUCCCCAGAUUGGGAGACAUUCUGCAAUGAACCUCGCGUGGCCUUAGCGAGAUGGCAGUGGCAACUAACAGAGCUGUUUUCAGAUUGUCCCAAAUUGACAGAGCCAGACUAGAAGCUGGAAAUCUCGUAUCUAAGGGAAAAUAAUGGUAUCAAGACUUUGGGGCACCUUCCCCACGCUGCACUCUAGCCUGAUGUCGGAACUUCCUGUUUGCGUAGCAGUCCGGUAGCACUCUCCACAGCUCCUGUACACUGUGAAAGCAAAAAAUAUCGAUUGCAUAGAUUGGGGUCCUAGGCAACAAGAAAUCCAGUGCUUAAACAUUGGGCAGCAUAGGCUAGCACAGCCCCAAAUGACUGCAAUGUUUGGGAUUUGAAAUGUCCUCAGAAGGCUUCUGCCAUGAAUCUAGGUGGCCAGGAAGCAAUCUAGGUGGCCAGGAAGCAAUCUAGGUGGCCAGGAAGCAAUCUAGAUGGCCAGGUAGAAAUCUAGACGGCCAGGUAGCAAUCUAGGUGGCCAGGUAGCAAUCUAGAUGGCCAGGAAGCAAUCUAGAUGGCCAGGAGGCAAUCUGGUUCUGGUGGCUCCUGGAAACCAGAUCGGUUUUCUCACACUUUGGUACUGGGAUUUCGCCCACUGCACCUUCUUUCUGGUAUUCCAUGUGAUGGCCCACAAAUAUUUAGUUGCCGACCUCAGUUCUGUCCCUUUCAUAAAGCGUGAAACAUAAUCUAUGCUGAUUGCUCUUGGAACCAGAAGGGCCCCGGCUGGCUCUUGAGAACAACCCCCCCCCCCAGCCCAUAUCUUCCCCCUCAGAGUAAAAUUUCUUAGGUAUGGACGCAGACCAGCGUUCUCAGAACUACAGUACCUUUUGGAAAGUUAAAUUCUUGUUUGUAUAGCGACUGCAAAUGCUUUUUCUGUAACCAAAAAAGAAAAAAGGUGAAUGUUCACUGCUUUUAAUAAAGACAGUAGGUGUAUUUGUUUA